AUGAUUCGAGCUUUCUUCUACAAUACGCAAGGGGGACGCGCAGACUUCACACUGCUUACUCAAUGGGCAUGUCUUCCGUCAUUACGGUUGACCCAAGAUGCAGAUGUGCAUAGUUUUCAGGACGCCGAGGGUCUAGUAGAUGAAUAUCUGCUAACGCGAAAGUCCAACGUGAUUGCUCUCGAGGUCACAGAAAGUAUGAUCAACGACAACGAUCUCGAUACUCUGUUUUGCGCUAUCAAGGACCUACACACAUUCAAAUAUGAGUACGGCUUUCCGAACAACUCUGAGGGCUCUUGUCGAGCAUCUCGACCUGGAUACGAAGAAUGGGACAUUCGCGCAGUCAUUGAUAUUCUAUUCAAUUACGCUAGCCACAGCCUCGUCGUAUUGGAUUUGGCAAUAACUAACAUUGCAAAGUUAUCUCACAGGAAUCGCUUCGCUGGCAGAAUCUUUGUCGGUUCUCUCAAACGAUUCCGUAGGCUGGAGAAGCUAAGAGCAGACACUAUGGUCUUCGUCGAAUCGGAAGUAGAAAGACUCCUCAUCACAUACGUUCUGACGUACCUGACAGACAGUCACGACGAGCCUUUCGUACGAAUUGUGAAUGAGGCGGAGGAAUAG